UCAAUUCACUGGGCUAUACAUAUACUGAGAGUAAGAGAAUUCAUGCGCUAACGGAAGCAUGGUUGAAGACACUCACAAGCUUCCUCUCACUGCCAACGCUGAUGAGAUUGAAGUCUCUCAAAUCCUUCUUAAACUUCCUGUUUUAUUCUCUGAAUCAGAGUCUCGCCGCUAUUGUUUCAGAGUCAAUUGGGGCAUCCAGAGAAGGAGAUCAAACCCAGUUCCAAAGCCUGUCAAAGCCAAGGCGUCGAGUCCUGCAACCCACGUUUCUUCCUCACUCACGGGAUCCCAGAAGAACCGGAAAAGGAAGAGGGAGUCAGGGGACGCAAAGGAUGAUUCCAACGUCACAAAAGCUUUAGACUUGUGCUUGAAAGAGAAGAAACAUGAUAAUGUGGCUCCACCCGGAAUUCAAAUGAUUGGAAGGAAAUCUGUAACUGUUAACAAGGGAGCUAAUCUGACUACUGCACAGGGUGGUUUGAAUAAUAUGGAGAAGAGCAAAGGCAAAGUUGUUAGUACUGCAAGUAAAAUAGUGACAAGAAAAGCAUUGGAUGAUGUCACCAAUGUCCAGGGCAGCUCUUCAAGGAAUGUAGUGCAUGAUGGUCCCAAGCAUUAUGACUCAUUGCAUGGUGGUAUCUAGGAAACCUAGUGCUUAAAUCCGCACAGCCAAUAUGAGGUUUCUUGGUUGCCGGUACCGUGGAUGUAGAUGAUGACCAGUUUGCUUAGCAUGUGGGAUGGUAUGAUUGGAGCAUAUCGCGACAGUCAUAUGCCGAACUCAUGGGUAGUCUGCAUUUUUGGUAUUUUAUUUAUGGCUUGUGUCCUACGUGGCAUAUGUAUUUGUUGAGCCUGUAUUUUGGGUAUGUAAUUGUAGUAAUAUGUUUUAUAAGCUUUAACCAGUUAGACGUGUAAUUGGCUCUUGUUGUAAUCAAUUGUUAUGUAUUAGAUGUAUUUCCACUUAUGAUAUGUGUU